GAUGAAGGAACCGCAUGUUCUUGUAUGUAUUAUCACCAACGCAGAUAUGACUGAUAGGCCCAUUACAGUGCCUCCAGAAAUCGUUAUACUAUUCACGCAAAUACUACCUGAAAGAUCUGACCGAUUCCAGGUUUCAGCGAAGCUACGUAUGACAUGCAGAAGCUACAACAACAUACUACACGAGCCAUUUCGCAAAGAAUUCCUCUGUCAUUAUAGUCUCCGUUUCACAUUACCCGGACUUCAGCAUGCUCAACAGGGCGUUGGGUACCACCUAUUCGAAGAAGUGAAAUCGAUCUCGUUCGAUGGCACUUCUUUACUCCCGCAGCCCCGGGAGACUUUUCGAGACUGCAAAGCACUUGCACUACUCGCGGACUGGACCUGGACAACCAUGUUGAAGAGCAUCUCCCUAUACUUAGUAAGCCUGGUAGAGAUAAAUCUUCUUCCUCCAUCGCAGCCGGUGGAUCAGACGCAAGCCGUUUACGAUCGCUGGAUUAUGUCGGUGCGACAGGUUUUGUCCAGCCUUACGCCCAAUCUGGAGAACCUUCAGAUCUUACGACUGGCAAGGCCGCAGUUAGGGACCGCUCUCGACACCUGUACCUUAUUUCCGCUGAACAUGUCGGACAUUAUUUUCACUGCAGACUACUCGAGCCUUACUACGUUACAUUUGGGCCUUACCUCAGACAUCAGUCUUGCGAGUCUACACGGCAAUCAGUAUGGGCACCUUAUCGCGCAAGGAUGCAACAACAUAACGACACUGAGGAGACUCGACAUCCACAUCCUCGUUAGUAGCAGGACAAGGGCUUGUGUGGAGGAGCACCGUCAAUUCAGCGACGAAUUCUGCAAGACACUGAACAUUGCUAGCCUUACUCAUCUCAGUCUGGCUGGCAUGAUCACAACUCACACUUACUUACACACACUGUUCAGACAAGUUACAUCCGAACUAGUGAGCUUGGAGCUUUUCAGAAUGCUGCUUCCGGAUAUGGCGGACUGGAACAAGACAGUCUCGACAUUCGAGAGAGCAAUAUCUCUCAAAGUCCUGAAGCUGCAUAUCAUCGCCCUCCCUUAUGGCUUUCUCGUGAGCUUUGGUCCAUUGCGUAGCUGCUCUUACUCCUGGUCCCGGGGCGAUGCAAAGUUUGGGAUUGCCGGAUGCAUUGCAGAGAUGACCGACGCCAAAUUAGAUAUAUGGCGGAAUCACAUGUUCUGCACUCAUGCGAAAAAUCUUCAUUAAUUCUAUUAGGAUGACGAGCUCAGAACGAUAUACCAUGAACCUUGUCAAGAUGACUCAAAAGCCUCCUCUUGUCAAAUCCCAUAUGUGCACAUGAAUAGUGAGGACAAUGAAGCUCAGAAUCGCUGUUAUCUGCCAUCUGCUGGCGAACAUGUUCCUCUAUGUGCUCGACAUAUUUGCUAUGGUUUUCUAUCUGCAAAUACAUGCCCUGUUUCGUGCAAUACGGACAUCGUCGAGGUGCCGCUAGAAUCCCUUCUGCAAUCACAGGUCCGUAAACGAUGCUGGGAUUGUGCGCAUGUAGCUCGUUAUGCUUGAUCCAUUCAAGGUCCGUCGAAACCCAAACCUUGCACUCUAC